GCUUUAAAAUUUUACAAAGCGUAUUGUUUUCGAUCAAAAAACUGCAUAAAACAGUGAAUUGUCUCGCAAAACCUUUCUUAAAAGAUAAGGAAAAGCUGUGUAAAGAUUUGUCAGAAAAAAUGGGACGACACUCGAGAAGUCCUAGCUCCGGUCGGAGCAGAAGAUCAGAUGAUCGAUACCACCACAGAUCAUCUCCUGAGCGAUAUGGAGCAAGGAACAACAGAUCACCAUCACAAGAACGUAACCACUAUCGUUCUAGAUCGCCUGCCCAACGUGAUGAUGGUCGAGGGAAAAUGGUGAAAAGUGAAUCGCACUCACAGAAUAGAUGGCAAGAGGAGAGGCAAUGGUCUAAUAACCAGAGAGGAGGCUUCAUGGAAAAUGGCCAUCACACUCACAGACAUAAUAGGAAUGAUCGAUACCAUGAUGGACCAAAGAUGCCAGAUAUGUUUGAAAGACGCCGUAUCGAGAGGGAAAAGAUCAGUGAAGCUGGCAUCCCAGACAUUUGGGCUGCAUCACCAGCCCGGGAGUCUGAGCCUGAUACUGGUGAUGAGGAUGAAAAAAAGGCCAAUUCCUCUGAUUCUGGUUCUGAUUCUUCUGCAGAAGAAAAACGAAGGAAGAAACAUAAAAAACAUAAGAAGCAUAAACAUAAAAAUAAAAAAUCCAAGAAAUCGAAAAAGAGUAAAAAGGAGAAGAAAAAGAAGAGAAAACAUAAGAAGGUGUCCGAGUCUGAAUCAUCUGAGGAGGAGGAGGAGGGGGCUGAGCAGUUGUGGGUGGAGAAAUCAACCAAGAAAGAGGCAGAGGACCUGGAUGACAGUUUUGUUGGGCCGAGACUUGAAGUGGAGGAGAGCACAGAGGUUGCAAAGAUAGAUUAUGGUCGAGCCUUGUUACCAGGCGAGGGUGCCGCCAUGGCUGCCUAUAUCGCAGAUGGCAAACGUAUCCCAAGGAGAGGAGAAAUUGGACUGACGUGUGAAGAAAUUGACAACUAUGAACAACAAGGCUACGUUAUGAGCGGGAGUCGACAUCGGCGAAUGGAAGCUGUACGUUUGAGAAAGGAGAACCAGAUUUACAGCGCUGAUGAAAAGAGGGCGCUGGCAAAGUUUAACCAUGAAGAGAGGGCAAAACGGGAGUCGAGGAUAUUGGCACAGUUCAGAGGACUUGUCCAUAAGAAAACUGGAAAGGACUGAUAGUUCAAAGGACUUGUGUAUAUGUAAACUGGAAAGGACUGAUAGUUCAAAGGACUUGUGUAUAUGUAAACUGGAAAGGACUGAUAGUUCAAAGGACUUGUGUAUAUGUAAACUGGAAAGGACUGAUAGUUCAAAGGACUUGUGUAUAUGUAAACUGGAAAGGACUGAUAGUUCAAAGGACUUGUGUAUAUGAAAACUGGAAAGGACUGAUAGUUCAAAGGACUUGUGUAUAUGAAAACUGGAAAGGACUGAUAGUUCAAAGGACUUGUGUAUAUGAAAACUGGAAAGGACUGAUAGUUCAAAGGACUUGUGUAUAUGAAUAACUAGAGACAAUUGAUUGUCCGCAGGUCUUGUGCAUGGGAUAGCUGGAAGAGCUGGUGGCUCAGACGACUUGUGAAAUUUAGGGCUUUGCAUUUUGUAUCAGAUUUGUAAAUAUUGAAUGUAAAUAAAUAC